AUAUUUGAUAGUUAAGCACUCAAGCACUCAUACUUUGGGCUACGUUUAGUAGAAUAUUAUGGUUUUUCAAGGUUCUACUACGUGCCUGAGUCUCGUGCAAUUAGGCCAAUCGACUCCCUCUGUCCAUUCUCCUGAGCAGACCUUCGAGUACGGACUCUUCCCCGAGAAUCCACUCCAAUCCUCUCUACUAAGUAGGGGCACUCCAUUAUCUAUUUUUCAAUAAGUCAUAACUCUGCCAUCGUCUUCGAUCUGCUUCUAUUGGGGCGAUCAUGAGUUGGCUAAAACAUCAUCCCCUAUCUUCUCUGGGCACUGCUUCGCAGGCCGGAUCGGAUAGUGACGAAACCAAUAAAUCCGGAGACUGCUCAGACACCGAGUCCACAUACAGCAACGAAUGCGCGUCUAAUGGUGGAUAUGGCACGGAUGAUACUCUUUCCGUUACUCGGGUGUUGGAACAGCAUGGUAUCCCUUGCUGUCUGGUUGGUAUAGCUGCCCUCGUUUUCUACGGCGCUGGCAGAGUUCGUGAUGACUGGGAGAUUUGCGUUCCAACAGAGCUCGUGGGUCAGGCAGCAGAGCUACUACAAUCAGAACCAUACGCAACGCAGUAUCGCCUAGUCAAACCGUGGCCCUAUUACAGUCCCUACUCUCUUAUCCACACAUACCACCGGUUCAAAACCAGAGGGAUUAAUCAUUACUUCUUCCUUGUUCCUUCAAUCGACAUGCAUAUUGACUGUGACCCUUCCAACUUCACACGCAGUCCCAGAGGGUUGCCGUAUCCCAAGCUGGAUGUCUUUAUUCAAAGCUGUUUAGACACCUGUGACAUGCUCCAGCUUUGCGAUGUUAUAGACGGUACCAAUGUUUCAGAGGAAUGGGGCGAGAAUAACCUUAAUCUUGAGGGUACUAACGAUGUAGAAUGGGCCAAAGAAAAGAAUAAGAGGGGAGAGGAGUUUGGCGGAAAGUGGGCUCAUUCUCUGUUUGCCUGGGAAGGACAGAGAAACAAACGAGAGAUGUGGCAGUCAUUGGUGCGCACCAAAGAAGACAGGUUGGACUGGACAAAACCCAAGGAUGUCUUUAUAACUCAAUAUCGUGUUAUAGGCGCGCCGGAUCCCUGGACAGAGCUAUCUGACAUGUCUUAAUGGUCUCUAGCGGGGUAUUCAGUCUGUUUUAUCAAUAGCUCUAUCUGAACCUGAGGGGAGCUGAAGGGUUUUCGUGGAAUGUCCCGGGAGUGUAUAUUAGAAGGUUGCCACCAGAACCUCAACUUCUAACUCUAUGAAAUAACAAUAACUAGUACUAUUUGCUCAGC